UUUUUUUGUAGGAGUUUCUGGUUCAUGCUUUUAAAGAAAACUUAAACGAGUUAGCCGACCUCUCGUUAAUGAUGUCACAGUCAUAAAAUAUAAAAAAAAGUAUGAGCGUGCCAAUGGAGGGCGUAAAAGAAAAUCAAUUAUUCUAAAUGAGUCAAUGACUCAGAUACUGCCUGCUAAUAGGCUCUGCCACUCGAUUGUGCAAGAAGAACACGAUGUCACUGAUGAUCUUUUGGCAUUACUAUCUGAAGAGUGCAAUAAGCUGCAUCCUGAUGUCCUUUUCCUGAAAAGUCAAAUCCGUUUGAUCAUUGGCACUCUCAAGAAACAUUGCCAAAACAGCACUGUGAAGGAUGUUUUAGAAAAAUUUCCCUGUCUCAAGUUUGAGAAAGUUUUGCUAGAAGCUUCAAAUGCUUUGACUAAUACAGAUAUUGAUAGAAAUUUGUUACGACUUUUAAACAAAAUGUGUGAAGGCUUCCAAACUUUAGUGGAAUUAAAAAUGAGUCUGAAGACUAAAUGCAGGUCUCUUUUAAUUGAUAUCAAUGAAGAAUCAGACGAGAGUAAGUAAUAUGCGUUAUAAGAAAAUUCAUAUAUAUAUAUAUAUAUAUAUAUAUAUAUAUAUAUAUCUCCGAUUCUCCGAAUUAAAGCCCCGGUUCUUAGACCAAUUUCUAUUGAUUUAUUUGUCGAUAAAUUACUUGUUGCAACAGACAUUCCAGAUUUUUCAUGUGGUGUCACUAUGGUUAUGGCGGCAUAUUUUUUAUUUGAUAUUGCCUAUCCUAAGCCGUUGGUAAAAACACUUAAUUUUAUUGAACACCACAUAAUAUCGGAUAAAGUUAAACUUUGUAAAACAGCAAAACAAAUAUCAAAAAUAUGCAAACUAUAAAUUAUAUGAUAUAAAUUGAUAUGAUAUUUAAAAAAGUUAUCUGUGUUAA